AUGGCCACCAACGGCGCCGACUCCAAGACCUACUUUGAACAGCAAAGACAACUCCUUAUCGGAGAUGUAGCGGCCAGUCUAGAGAAUGUUCUGCAAAACAUCAACAAACUAAAUCGGAGUCUGGAAGGUGUGAUAGCAGUCGGCAAUGAAUUCAGUCAGGUCGAAGGCCUUUGGUCUCAAUUCGAAAAUGUCAUGGCGGCCAAGGAGGCCGACAAGGACGAUCUCAACAGCUCAAGGGCUGGCGCUGCAGAGCGCUCGUGA